AUGGACGAGCUGCAGGCCCUGCUCGACGCCAGCCUGCUGGCAACGCGGCACGUGGAGAGCGCGGCCCUCGUGCGCCUGCAGGGCAGGACGGUCUGCGCCGCCACCGCCGGCUUCCGCGUGCCCGAAGAGAAUGUUUUAAACCUCAUCUAUGCCUUCUACAAGGACUUGGUGCAAGUGAGGAGGGAAGGCCUCUACUUCAAGGAGAAAUACUACAAGUGUGUCCGAGCAGAUGAGCAUUCCCUCUAUCUCCACAACCCAGAUGGAGGCUUGAUAGUUGUGAAGACAAACGCUUUCCUCCUGAUCGCUACCUACAGAGCGGGCAUGUAUCCCAGCGUGUGUGUCGAAGCCGUGGAGAAACUAGCGGACUACUUCAGAGAGAAGGGGAGCUGA